AUGGGAUUCAAACAAGCAGUUCCUGACAGUUCUUUAUUCAUCAGGGGCAAGAAUAGGUCCUUGGUGGCCUUAUUGGUCUAUGUAGAUGACAUUGUCCUUGCAAGUGAAAGCCUGGAAAUCAUACAAGAUGUCAAGAAGCAGCUAAGCACAAGUUUUCUACUCAAAGAUCUAGGCCCUUUAAGAUACUUUCUUGGGCUAGAAGUGGCUAGACACAAAAAGGGCAUUGCAGUAUGCCAAAGGAAGUAUGCAAUUGAAUUACUUGAAGAUAUAGGCUUUACAAAUGCUAAGCCUGUGUUCAGUCCCACAGUUCCUUCUCACAAAUUGAGCAAGAAUGAAGGAGAAUUUCUUCAAGAUAGUAGCCAAUACAGGAGAAUUGUUGUACAGUUGUCCCAGUUUCUUGACAAGCCUACAGAUAUACACUUGCAAGCAGCACAUAGAGUCCUCAGAUAUAUCAAAGCUGCUUCUGGGCAAGGUUUAUUUUUCCCAUCCACAUCUAAUCUACACCUUAAGGCCUACUCAGACUCAGAUUGGGGAGCUUGUGUAGAUACAAGGAGAUCUGUUACUGGAUUCUGCAUUUUUCUUGGAGAUGCCUUAAUCUCAUGGAAAUCUAAGAAACAACCCACUGUCUCCAAAUCAUCCUCAGAGGCAGAGUAUAGGGCUUUAGCAACCACAAGCUAUGAAAUUCAGUGGUUGAUAUAUUUGCUAGCAGAGUUUGGAGUGGUUCACAGUGAAGCAGUGGCUAUAUAUUGUGAUAGCAAAUCAGCUGUGGCUAUUGCAGAGAAUCCUGUGUUUCAUGAAAGAACUAAACAUAUAGAGUUGGACUGUCAUCUUAUUAGAGAAAAGCUACAUAAAGGACUCAUCAGGCUGUUCCACAUUCCAUCUGAGAAGCAGCUAGCAGACCCCUUUACUAAGACACACUGCCCUACAUCCUUUCAGCAUUAUAUCUCCAAGCUUGGAUUAAUGAAUCUAUAUAAUCCAGCUUGCGGGGGGAUUUUAAGGGAUAAAACAAGAUGA